UCCUGCGCAGUUCGUAGAAGGUUUGCUGCUGAAACCCUGGACCUGGUCACGCAGGAAGCCUCUGUCUUCUCCCCUUCAUAUCUUUUCAGAUGCUUGUUGGUCCAGUCUUCUAAGACCGACCUCGUCAUCUUCAAGUCAAGUGUCUUUGGACUACUUCUCCCCUCGUUCUAUCUUCCCCGUCGUCUGCUGGUUAGUCCCUUGGAGCCUAGCAACUGGUCACCUUCAAGUGUCUUGGAGGCCUUCGUCUUCUCCCCUUUAGGUCGCUUCAGUCAGUCUUCUCAGACGCUCCGGCGCCUCCUGUCCGGGCCGCCGGAGCCCGGGGACCGCGCCGCGCGCCUGCUGCACCGCACCUGCCGCGAGAUCUACCGGCUGCGGCGCUCGCGCCAGGGCGGCAGGAAGCCCGACCUCGUCACCUUCAAAGAAAAGAUGGCCUUCUUCACUCGCACCAAAUCCACCAUUCCCAUUCUGCCCGGCGAAGGGGAGAACGUGUCCGAAGACGAAUGGGACGAUGAGCUGGAAGAAAGAAGAACGCCCGAUGGCCGCUCUUCCAAAACCUUCUAUGAGCUGCGCAGGGAUCGAGACGUCAAGAGCUCCGAACCAACCCCUCAGAACAACGAGGAAGCACCAGUUGCCGAGUGUAACAACGUUGCCGACUGUAACAAUGUUGCCGAGUGUAACACCAUUGCCGAGUGUAACACAGUUGCGGAGUGUAACACAGUCGUCGAGUGCAAGAACCCUUGCCUCAACGAGCCGUGCUACGAAAACCUACCCGCGAAAAUGGAAGCCGCGAAUGAAACGCAAGAAACCAAGACUGAAGAGGUGAGGUAUGAAUUUGUUGUUGACAGAGUUCUAGGUGUACAAGUUUGAAAGAUGAUUGGGUUACUUUUGAAUUGUUUUUAAUCAAAUUGGCUGGCCAAUUUUUUUACUCCGAUUACAUCGGUAUUUAAUAAUAGUUUAGUGUAAUAUUUUAACUCAUUUUAGAGAGUCGCUAAGUAAUAUAUUUCCAAAACUAUUUAUUUUAGUAAUAUUGGAAACGAUUCAAAAUAACUCAUAAGUAUGGCCUUGGUUAAAAUGGCACCAUAAAAUUUGCAAAUAAAUAUUUACUGUGAUUAUAAUGCCUAUUGAGAUUUCUGGAAUGAAGACUGAAGUUGAAAAAUAUAUGUUAUAUCCGCUAUGUAUUUGUUAUUGGUGAUGUAUUUAAUAUAUUGUAUCAGGACUCUGAGCGAAGUACGUAACGUGCAAAAAGGAGUGCCAUAAGAGUUCAGGGAUUGAAAAACCUCAGAAAUUGGCUCAGAUUGAAAUAUUUUUGAAGUCAGUACACUAGGCAACGGUGACAGGCAUCAUUGUGUGACAAAUCAUUGGCAACGUCGUGCAACGUUGCACACAUUGUCACUAUGAUACAGCUUUAGUGUCCUCAAAACUAACUUACUGCCUAUUUUAUAUUGUCAGACAAAACAUAUCAACUAAUCGAUCUACUUAACAUAAAUACCAAUUUCUGAGAUAUCAUUUUAUAUCAUACAUCAGUUUUUGUAACCAUGUUAUAUUGUAUUGUACAAACGCAAAGUGCCUUAAAGUCGUAGGUGCCUUCAGAAUAGCAGCCUGCAUAGUGCCAUAGGUCGGCAAAUAUCAAGGAAAAUAUUUAGGUACAAAAUAGGUGUAUGGAGAGUCACAAAAUAUUAUGCCAAACACUAUUUUUAUUCGACAGUGGAGACUAUUUCAUUGUAUAUAAAUACGUAAAUAUAUCUACAUAAGCGACUGCCCACCGAAAUAGUUGAUCUGCUGUGAAGUCCGGUUUUUAGUUAGAUCAUUAUUGAAAACUAAACCUAAAGUACAGGAUUCUCUGAAGUCACAUUAGAAAAAUAUACCCAGUAUAAAACGAAAAUUUAUUCUAUAACUCUGUUCCGCCUUAAAGGCAAUAAAUAAGCCAUCGCAAUUUUUCCUUAUUUGCUCACCGUUUAGACCUACCCUGGACUACGACAAACAUUUUAAAACCAAAAUCAGCUUAAUCGGCCCAGCCGUUCUCGAGUUUUAAUCAGACUAACGAACAGCAAUUCAUUUUUAUUUAAAUAGAUAGAUAUAGAUAGAUAAUGCAGGUAUUUGUCAUCAUAUUAUCUUUACCCAAUUUAUAAUGAUCAUAAACUAUUUUUAACAAUCGUAAUGUAUAACUAAAAACUGGACUGUAGAUAAAUGAAAAUGAGAGAUAUGUUAAGAAAAUCUCCACCGAGUAUAGACUUGUCAGGCCAAAAAGAACGCUUUGUAAAUACAGGCUUAAGAAUUGAGUCCAUUUGGCGUGUGUGUGGAGUCUUUUUUUCAUUCCUUACGCGGGCCCAGAUUUUAAAUAAUUUAUAAACUGUAUAUCCAGAGUGUCAUUAUAUGAUUCACCACAGGUUUUUUCAAAGUAGAGUACGUGUAUUCUUGGGACUACAAAUAUUGGAAUUCAAUUAAUGUUAGAAAGAGAAAAAAAAUCUUAAUUUGUGACAGAAAUCACAUUAAACAUCUUUUUUGGUCUCAUCGUAAAUGGGAUUUUAUUGUCUUGCAAAUCUAACGGACAGGGCCGGAUCGUGAAUUUGUGGGGCCCUGGGCUGAAACUUCUUAUGACGUUGUCACGUAAAAAUAUCGUCCGUAAACCGACUUUAUAGACAACUAUUUUUUUUUACAAAUUAUGGCCUACUUUUUAGCGGGAUCUGGGGGCCCCUUGUAACCCCGGGGCCCUGGGCUGCAGCCCAAUCAGCCCAUAUGUAGAUCCGGCCCUGCUAACGGAGAUACGCGUUACUAUAACUUUGAGAAAACCUGAUCUGCAUCAAUGUUUUUUGAUUAAUAUAAAUCAUGAAUCAAUAACCGUGUGAAGUGUAUUUUUAAUUGAAUAACAGCGAAAUAAAUACAGGGUGUAACUAUUUUCGGUACCUGUCCUAUGUCGAUGACUUGUCUGUCUGGGUCCAAGAUGUUUUGUGGAUAUUUUGAACGUAAACGCGGGCGCUUAAAACGUUUUGACGUGCAAUAUUGAAUGUACUUGUCCUAGUUUUAUUCCAUAAUGUGUAGAGAUCUGAACAUGUACUUGGUUGAUAUCUCAUCGUCAUUUGUAUGUUAUUUUUGAAAUAUCAUUAGCUUUAUCAUGGGGCGAGACGAAAAUAUACUACUAUUAUAUUAUUUUUAUUGUCAUCAGUAAAAUACUAUUUGAUUUCAACUCGUUUUCGUUCUCACCCUGUAUGUUAGGUAGAUUAAAUUAACAUAAUUAUUUUACUGUAAAUUUUGUAUGAUAUUUAAUAUUAUUUUAGCGCAUAAUUCUCUUGUAAAUAAUCUGAAAAUAAUACUUCAACAAUUUGCAUAUCUGUAUUCUGAUUUUGUUCAUUUAAUUAUUAAUUGUUAGCAAUAUUAGUUGAUGUUAAGUAUUUUUUAUAACAGAACGAUAGUCUCAUAGUGAAUUAGCUGUAUAAUGUUACAUUUUUGUAAAAAAUGUAUAUUUUAUAUAAACAUUUAUGUUUUAUAAAUAUCUACUUUUGUAAUUGUUAUGAGGUUAAUUUGGAUUUGCCAAAUUAAUAAUAAGCCUUGUUUUAAUUCUUCCAUUAAAAGAAAGGGAAUAUUAUAUUUCGUAAAGAUGCCAAUAUUGACGAUAGCAGGUUGAUAUAAAUAAAAAAUGAAAAUAAAAAUUAUAAAUUAUA